UUAUUAUAACAACAAAGUGCGGUACAGUACUUUGAUUCGUGAAGUCACAGAGCGUUUGCGCAGUUCUUUUUGGAUCAUAGAACGAAAUAAUGUGUUGAUGGUAGGCCUGUUGUCGGUUGCAUCCUGAGGUCCCAGUUGAUGUAGUCCCCCUCCCCGAUGCUGUGCAUCUAGUCUUUCAAACUGCUCCGUACUCAAGGAGUUCUUGCAUAGCCUAAACUAGAUAAUAUAAUGUUUGCUAUAUCCUGUGCUGGUUUUUGUUGUGGCAAUGAGUAAACAGUUGGAGAUUUGAUGUCUUUUCAAAAUCAAGCUGAAGAGGAUGAGUUGGACGAAGUGGAGUUUGUAUCUGAAAGCCAACUCGGUCCAGAGCUGGACUGUGUUGAUCUGCUGAGCGAUGAUAGCGAAGAAGAGGGCUGUUCGUCCUCUUCAAGAACUAUUGAAGAUAAAGUUAAUCGUCAAAAGGCGCGUGUUGCAUCUACAUUGGAUAGACUUGCGCAGCAGGUGGCUCUUGAGAAGCGGGAAAGAGCGGACAAAUGUAGAGCCUUCAAGGAGAAACAAAUCCAACAAAGAGUUCAUGGCCAGCAGGAGCUUGCAUUGAGUUCAACAAAUGGAAUUAAUCUUGAAGCAAAACGAUGUGUGGACAUGUGGCUUAAAAUGCCUGAUCCAGCUGUGGGCAGUUUUGGAUCUGGAAGACGACGCAGACCUGUUUUUCCCAUGAACUCUUCAACUCUACAUACAUGUCCAGUCAUUAACUGCAGUCGUGUUUAUGAAAACGUGUCUCUCCUUGAUGGUCAUCUAAAAAGAUUUGAUCACUCACCUUGUGAUCCAACCACUAGUCUCAAAGGAAGUCCCAAAAUGCUGUUUGCCUGUGUGGCCUGUUGUUGUCAUUUUCAGACCAAACAAGAGUGGCGAACACAUCUUGUAUCUAAGGUGUCCUCAUCUCAUCCUGAUGGUCACUGCAUGUCUCAGAGAUUCCAGCUCAUUGUGUGCUUUGCUUGUCCUGCUUGCUACCUCCUUUUUAACCUGCGGGACGAGUGCCUUCAGCACAUGUCGGCAAAAAAACAUUUCACCGAAUCCCUCAAAAUGAGUGAUUCUAAAAGAGAAGCAGUCCCUAUACCGUUUCCACAGCAUGCCAGGAAUCGCCUCAUCGCUCUGUGCCGGGACACACCUUUCACUGUCCGAUGCUCUUGUUGCCAAAAAGUGUUGACCUCGCAUCAGGCAGCUCAGGCUCAUUUCAAUGUAAACUGCAGACGUGGCUGUGCAGUGGCCACGGCUGAUGAAACUGUGGUGCAGGUAGUGAAACGGCUGCAAGUGCGAGGUCAGUGCUCCCGCUGCUGUUUAAUCUUCUUGAGCCAAGCAGAAGUGGACCGUCAUAGAGAAGACACCAAACAUGAGGUGGAGGUCAACAGUACCAUGGAACGAGCGCUUCUUCAGCAUGGCAGGUUUAAUGAACAACAUGGCUACAGCAUGAAUGAUGCAGAGAAAAGGCUUAAUGCAGGAGUAUUAAUUCAUACAAGUGAGACCAAGAGCGAAAAAGAAACUAUACCAGCCAAACGGCAAAAAUUAAGAAGCUGUACAACCGCAUGGUUCUGCGAGUGUGGCCUGAGGUUCUUGGAGGAAACUUCCGCCAGUAAUCACCUCUUAGCUGUGAACCAAAUCUUUUACCAAUGUGGCGUGUGCGGCAAACACAUGGGAGAAUCUUCUAUCACCCGUUUGCACAUGAGCCGCUUUCACGGGGGCGCACAUCUCUCAAACUUCUUUUUCUACUGCCGCAAGUGCAAAGUGGAAAUGCCGCGCUUGGAAGAUAUCUUGUCGCAUGUAUCGGAUACACACAGCGGGCAUACUUUCUUUACUGAACAAGAAGUGCCUGAAGAUGUUAACCCGUCCACCAGCCAGAGCUCUAAAAUGGAACUGUUCUCUACUACAUCCACCAUUCAGGCCAUUGCGGGAGAGGCGCCGCCCACUUCUAAAGUGGCGCUGACUUGGAUGUGCAGAAUGUGUGAGGAUGUGUUCGACUCCGAGGCCGCUGUCCGCAAGCACUGCGGCGACCUGAGCAGCCACAGUUUCCAGAAGUUUGUCUGCGGCCACUGUCCGCAGAAGUUCUUCAAGGAAUCCACUGUGCGGCGUCAUUGCGCCAACGAGCACAACGGGCUGAUGAAGAGCGCUUACUUCUGCGGCCUCUGCGACAGCAUGCUGUUUGAGUCUGAAAAGGAGUUCCUGCAGCACUACGAACGCCUGCACAGUAAAGACUACUACUGUAUGGAAAACUGUGAUCUCAUUCAGCCCGUUGAAAGCGUCACACCUGUGGAAUCAUGUCCCUGCAUGAGCUCAGACAAACAGGAAGGGUGCAUGAAAGCCGCCUACACACGGUGCAUGAAGACAUUGGCCUCCGAGGGUCUCUGUCAGUAUAUGUGUGCUCUUUGCAUUCUAAGCAUGCCCUCCUACGCUCAGAUCAAGACUCAUGUCAACACCACGCACGCCGCUGUAAACCUGGACAAGACCUUUGAAGUCGAAUGCCAAACCUGCAGAGAACGCUUUGAGGAUGUUCCAAAAUUCCAUAAUCACCAUCAUUCCCAGCACUGCAUAUUGGAGCCAUGCGUGAGCUCCAGGACCUGUGGGAAAGAAACAAUAAAACAACCCCAAAUCCUGAAUGCUGUGGAUGGCAACCUAAAAGAUGACUGUGAUGAAGAGGUGAAGAAGGCACUGGCGUUGAGUGCAGAAGACCGAGAAACGGCAGAGUUAGAAGAAGCUCUUCAAAGAAGCCUUCUGGAUUUCUGAGAAGCGUUAUUUCACAUUGUUCAUUGAUAAGACGUUUUGUUAAAUAAAUGCCACAAGAAGCCUUAUGGAUUUGUGAGAAGUGUUUUUAACACAUUGUUCAUUGAUAGAGGCUUUUGUUCAUGAUUUGUUAAAUAAAUGCUGUUCCCUGCUUUUUUUGUUUCAAAUUUACUCUUAAAACAAUACAAUACAGCACAUCAUUCGGGUAUCACGUCUGAUUGGAAUAUAUUCAAACUGGUGUACGUGCCUAAUAAGGGUGUUAUCACAUACUAUUAAAGGACGUUUGAAGGAAAAGUUUAUUUAUAUUCUGUGCAUGUUCCAUCCACUAGGUAUCUUUAGGCACAAUUCCGAUUUUUCUUAUGUUUUUUGGGCGUGCCCCUUCAGACUGCUUUUGCCCAUUCAGCCCGUUCCAAGUAUCACGCAUGCCCUCUUAUUUGCCGUCAGAGAUGCGCUGAGCAAACUGGCCCGCAUGCGUAGGAGCAUCAAAACACACACACACGCCCACCCACACACACACACAUACGCAUACACUUACACAUAGUUUCACCGGCAGUGUAAGCAAUCUUGAAAUAUUGCUCAUUUGGAGCAUUUUUUUAAUGACUGUUGUCAAGCCCGCCCGCUCCUUCUCCAAAAGCCGCGUUCAAACUAGGCGCUAACGCUGAAGCACAGCUGCACCGCUACCGCAGCGCUCUGUUUCUCUCGCUCUUUGCUGACGUAAUUGCUGCAGAAAUUCCGAUUUGGGAGACACGACAGUUCAAACCGCCGCCACGUUCUGGAAAAAUGGUGCCCAGAUUGGAUUUGAAAUGGUUCACUUCUAUGCGACUUGUCCCGUUCAGAAAGUCAAGUUAAUGCCUCACUCAAGUCUGAAAACAACAAAAGUACAUGCAAGAUUAGGCAGGUUCUGUACAGUAGGUGGCGGUAUGCACCUGAUUGUUGCUUGCAAUCCGCCAUAAAGUUGAAUUGUGGAGUUCUUGAGC